AUGAAACAAGGUCGGGGGCGAGCCCAAAUAAAAAACAACUUUCCUAUGCAACCCACGAACAUGAUCAAGAAAGACAAAUACAAACGUAAAAAAAAAAAGGCGAAAAAUAUCUUUCGCCUAGAGAUUCAGAACAAGAAGAAUAACCUCCAACACGGCCGCGCUGUGCAAAUUUCACUUUCAGUACUAGUCUUCACAAAGCACCGUGACUGCCUCUGCCGUUGUUUUGCUAAUCGUCAUUGCAGCGUCAGGAGUCAUGGUGCUACUCGUCGUAAAUCAUCAUCUCGUCAUACUUCUAUAACAGAUACAGAACUUCUCGGACGACCGAGGAGGAUUUGCAUCAAGAACAACAGCCUUUCAAACGGUUCCAUGUGACCAACCUCAACAAACAAACACAAGAGCUGCUGGCUACAACUACAACAUACGAGAACUAACAGGACAUCAAGCGUAAAUAUCUAUGUAUGAGGAGGACCUACUAAUUGCACUACUACUGGACGGGGCGGGCUCUGUUGUAACGCCGUUGCUUGCAGCAGCUCCGCCAGCCGCAAAUUGGUUGGCGACGCAAUGGAACUACCAACGAACCUAUGGUGAUGGCCGCGAUCGUUGUUUGGCUAGUACGAUUACAGUAGUCAAGAUCCCCCAUCAGACCUUGAUGCUCGACGUGUAUGAUUUAUCAUCUCGAAAUAUUUUUUAGGAAUAUUAAGCGUAACCACCGUUCACCGCGGUGCAGCAUCUUUCUUCUUCGCAUCCUACCAGCAGGCACCUCUAAAACUUGAUGGUGCUCACCUUAUUUUUAAGCUCUAUUCUUGAUUUUUGAUUUUGAGCCGCUACCAGAGCUCCGGCUCAGGUGGCGCAGGCAGGAAGGGCAAGAAGAGGAGUCUUGCUUAGGACCUGGCAUUUCUAUGGCGCCUGUUCUGACGCAAGGAAGGGCAAGCAGAGGCGGCUUGUUUUGGACCUUGUGGCUAUGCGGAGGUUGGCCGAAGCACUACGGAGGCGGUAGUAGUGCCUCGCUCUGAAGCCAGGGGUGAUUGAGGGUCUCGGCCCGCUUUCCCUCGGGCAACUCCCCGGGUCUGUUGGUUCACCACUAAAACGGGCGGCGUUUCUUCAGAUCUUGGUGGCGACCGGUUGAAACACUGGUCGCCAGCUACUUACAAGCAGGAACAUAGAAAGUACGUUAGACAGUUACUCGCUCGCCUAAAGAAGCGAGCACCCGAUUGAUUUUUGAUUUUGACAGGAAGGGAGAGCAGAGGAGACAGGAAGGGAGACGGUGAUGUUGACAGGAAGGGAGAGCAGAGCAGAGGAGACGGUGAUGUUGACAGGAAGGGAGAGCAGAGGAGGCUCUCUUAGGACCUGCCAGAUUUGUGGAUCCUGUUGGACACGAGGAAGGGCAAGCAGAGGCGGCUUGUUUUGGACCUCGUGGCUGCGCGGAGGUUGGUAGGACUAGCACGGAAGAGGAGGUAGUGCUAGUCCCGCCUGAAGCCAAGGACUAAGAGCAUCCCGGUGCAAUUUUUCUGAGGCAACUCCACAGUCUUGGCUGUUCGACAUCAAAGCGGGUGUUUUUUAGUCAAGUUCUGGUGGCAAAUAAUUGUUGAAACACAGCUUGCCUGCCACUUACUCUCAGGAACUCAAUUAGCACGUACAACAGUCACUCGCUCGCCUAAAGAAGCGAGCACACAGUUGAUUUUUGAUUUUGAAGGAGCGUUUGCGUUUGCGUACCACUACCAGAGCCUCGGCUCAGGUAGUGUAGGCAGGAAGGGCUAGAAGAGGAGUCUAGCUUAGGACCUGCCAUUUCUAUGGCGCCUGUUCUGACGCAAGGAAGGACAAGCAGAGGCGGCUUGUUUUGGACCUUGUGGUUGGGCGGAGGCUGACGGGAGCAUUACGGAUGAGGUGGUAGUUUUGCUCCAGUCUGAAACCAGGGCUGAGGAAAGGCUUCGGCAGUUCUUCUCCCAGGCAACUCCCCGAGCUUGGCCGUUCACUACUAAAACGGGCGGUGUUUCGUCAGGCUCCGGUGGCGACUGGUUGAGACACUAGUUGCCAGCUAUUUACAAACAGGAACAUAGUUAGUACUGCAGACAGUUACUCGCUCGCCUGAAGAAGCGAGCACACAAUUGAUUUU